AUCUUGAAAGUACCUGUAGGAUCCCGCCGGAAAGAAACGCAGCAAAGGGUUCAGACGCUCAGUUCAGUUCAGCUCAAACCGCGAAGGAUGAGAAUCACGGCGGACCCAACCCGCUCUCCAACUCCCAAAGAAGAAGUUGAGUGGGUCCCACUUCCCGACCACCCUGUCUUCACCGCCACCUCCCACGACGCUUCCUCCUCCUCCUCCUCCGCCACCGCCGCCGUUUCCCGAAACCUGCUUGCCUGGGACGGAGCCUCUCGCCUCUAUUUCUGGGACACCGACGACAACUGCCUCCACCGCCUCACUCUCCGCCUCGGCGACCCCGAUCCCACUUCCGUCCUCGCCGCUUCCCCUUCUAAGGUGUUGCAAGCGGAUGUGGUGCCCGAUUUCGAUGUCCAGAAAAUCUCUAUCAACAGGAAUGGAACAGCAAUGCUGCUUUCUGGUUCUGAAAGACUCUGUGUUAUGUACCUCUAUGGACGCACGUCCAAACAGGAUGUUAACUUAAUUUGCAGGACUAUUACUGUUGGUUCUCAAACAUAUUCGCCUGCGAACAAUGAUAUUCGUGUAUUACAAGCAUUAUGGCACCCUAGCAGUGAUACUCAUUUGGGAAUCCUUUCUUCUGACUCAGUUUUCCGGCUUUUCAAUCUGGCCGUGGAUCCUUUGCAACCAGAGCAAGAAUAUUAUUUACAGCCUAUGGAACCAGGCAGAUCCAGCAGUGCCUCAUCAGUGUGUCCAGUUGGUUUUUCUUUUGGGGGAGACCACUUAUGGGAUAGGUUUAGUGUUUUUAUUUCAUUCAGUGAUGGGGCGACCUAUGUACUUUGCCCUGUUGUUCCAUUUGGAAGUCUCUUCAAACGUGAGUCUUUAUUAGAAAUAUACAAUGACGCUCAUACAUUUGGGUUAUCAUCAGCCAACUCUGUAGCGGCUCGUAAUUCAAAGAUGGCAAUUUCGUGGCUAGAAGCAACAUUUCCUGAGUUAGAGAAACAUGAAACUGAAGGAGACAACUUGUCUUUUCUAAGAGCUCAGGCUUAUGCUUUAUUUGAUUCAUCUCUUGUCUUGCAGGGACCCCUGCGAAGAGUAGGUCAGAGCGGAAAUAAAGAUUCAAUUGGUCGUAGUGCAGAAUGUGAAGGUCGUGCAGUUAGUUUUCUCUACAAUUUAGUGAGCAGAGAUUCUAUUUUGGUGACUGCCUGGAGUGGUGGGCAAUUACAGAUAGAUGCACUAGCCGAUGAGAUCCAACCUGCCUGGAUUAUUGGUAGUCCACCGCGUCUUCGUGCUGAUUCCCAUGACCAGAUUCUUGGCCUUGCUAUGAUUUGUGAAUCGAUUCCUAGCGGCCGUCUGGAUAAGGUUGAUCAUAAUGCUUGGUUGGGUAAUCCACCCCCUCUACUGAGAUUGGCUAUUGUUGAUUUGGCUCUGCCAAGAAGAGCAGAAAGUGGUUAUGAUAUUUCACUGUUCACUGAUACCCUUAUGCCAGAAAGAAUAUAUUCCCUUCAUGAUGGAGGGAUUGACUCAAUAGUAUUGCAUUUUCUUCCAUUUACAAGUCAGACAAAUGGCAAGGAUGAUACAAUGAGAACACCUUCUGUGCAUCCUGUUCUAAAUACUUGCCAGAGUGGUUGCCCUUCAGAGCCUUCCCUUUAUGGUUUUGUGUCAUUGUCAGAUUCAUUUGGAUAUUCGUGGAUUGUAGCUGCUACUCUUUCUCGAGAAUGUGUUGUGCUUGAGAUGAAAACAUGGAAUCUCUUGCUUCCAGUUAGCAUUGAUAUGGAGAAAAAACCCUUUCAAUUAGAGGGGCAACCAAAAGAGUCAGAUAUACCAACAAUAAUUAGCAAAGAACUACUAAGUGGGCCAAAGGAGGUACUUGUUCCUUGGGCCUCUCCAAGUUUGCGUUCUGUUGCGUCUGAUUCAAUAGAAGGCCGAUCAAAAUUACAUCAGUAUUUCAAGUUAUUUCAUGAAACUUAUGUAGAGUAUGCACAUAAGGUGUACCUGGAGCUCAAGCAUCACGCACCUCAGUUGAAAAAAAUAAUUAAUGACCAACAUUCUCGUUUGGGCGAUGCACAGAAGAAGCUUUUGAAAGUCGAGGAGAAACAAUCUGCAUUACAGAAAAGGAUAGAUCGUGCAAUUCAAAUGCACAAUUCCUUGGAAGAGCGCUUACAACAGUUGAGGAACUUACCGUGUGCUCUCAAAAAACCACUGUCCAGAUCGGAGAGACAGUUCAAGUCUGAGCUUGACAACUUCAAGGAAGUUGAGUUGGGUGCUUUGCACUCCUCUGUUGAUGCGCUAAGUGCAAGGAUGAGAAGGCACGUGCAAGCUUCUAAAGCUAGUCAACAACAGAAAAUAUCAGGGAAGAGUGCUGGAGAUGACCAGAUAUCCAUGCUCAAAUCAUCGCUUGAAAAACUUACACUUGUAAAUACGGAAAAUACAAAGAAAGUUAAGCUUGUUGAGUCCUCAUUGAAAACCAAAGAAAGAAGCAGCAGAGAAUCUAGCCUUCCUCUGCUUGAAAACUGAUAAUAAUACUAUCUGUGGCAGGACCAGUAGUGUGGUUCUGAAUUAAACCCUUAUUGUUUGUAGUCCCAUCUUAGACAUCACCCCCAAUGUGUUUCACCCAAAUUUGAGAAUUUUAUUAGAAAGAGAAGUUGGAACUUGGAAGUAGAUUUAACAUAUUUUAAAUUUUGAACAUUAUUAACUUUCAAAAUGCCAAUGUCAAAUGGAAAAAGAAGUUGCAGAAUUUGUAUGUUGUAUCUGCAGUCUGUACCUAACACCCUUUGUAAUAUGUGUCAUUCUGUGAAGAAAUAUCAGGCUAAAUUGGUCUUAUUUUAUUGGAAAA